AUGGCCUACACUCAAAAACAAGACGCCGACCAAAUGGGGCUUUCGGCAGACGCAAAUUCAGCAGGGCAAUCUCAGGACCAACCUCAUCUGGCCUUGAUCAUGGGCAUGUACAACCUGUAUACGACUCUAGUCUCGAUGGGCUAUCUUCACCAAGACGAGGCAGCUUGGCCACCCCAGACCUCACGAUUAAUCGCAAGAGACUGGCUGAACCACGGACUAAGCCAGGAAGUAAUCGAUGUGCUGAGACUUUUGCCUAUCAUCGACUCCUUAAAUUUGACAUCUGACCAGCUCGUAAUUCUACCGGGCGCAUCACCUCCAGAUUCGAUCGGAAUGUGGUCACAGGCAAGUGAUUCAGGCACUGGGCAGCUUAGCACAGUCCCAAUCGUAUGGGAACCAGCCCAGCAGGUCCUGGACGGCUGGGCCAAUCAGUUGCGGAAUCUCACAUGGAUACCAGACCGUUCAGCAGACCAGGGUCCUAUCCUAGCGCUAGCUGGCAUAGAAGCUAUGCCAUCUGGGUCACGAGGUGCCGCUACUCAGCCAUUUUAUCGACAGCAGACUCUACUCAACGUCUUCCACGCACGACGGCGGAUAUACCGGGAGCGUGGCUGGCCGACGGAACAGUUUCGUAGAGACGACUGUCGGGCAGCGCUGGCGAACUUCAACACACGGCUGGAGACGCUCGAGAAGAGUGUCAACGCGGCGUUGCAUCCCUCGAUGGAGCCAUAUCUAUAUUACCCGGAAGUGCAGGCUGAGCCAGCCGGGCAGUACACUGCAUUUCUAGAAGACGCAGCUGGAGAUGAAGCAGACAGAGGGAUCGCAUAG